AUGUUGUGGAUAAUUCUGUCAUUUUUUCUCAUUUUUGGAAAUCUCGACGCUUCUGUUAUUCGGCAAAAACGGCAACUUUCAACUCGACCUAUUUGGCCAAAUGCAACUUAUUUAUUUCAUUUUGACGAAGUUUUCCCAGAAUGGAGAAAAAAAUUGGUUUGGGAAGUUAUGGACUUCAUAAGUUCUGUGACAUGUGUCAAAUUUCAAGAAUCAUAUGAAGAAGUCGUGAGAAUUAUUUCACAAAAUGGAACCCGUUGUGCAUCCCCUGUUGCAUACGGUGGCGGUAUUGUAAAUCUUAAGCCUGGGAAGUUUUGUGUAAGUAUUUCAUUCAUUAUUAUCAACAUAUUAUGCGCAAUCCAUUAUUUUCAUCUAAAUAUGGAAAUUUCUUUAUUUCAGGAUAAUGCAAUCAAUCAUGAAUUAUUGCAUAGUCUUGGAAUUCAACACGAGCAGGAAAGAAGUGAUACUGCGGUUUAUCUCAAUGUUAAAAAAGUAAGUUAAUAGCAGUUUAUAUUAAUAUCUAAAUUUCCGUUGAACAUUUCCAGGAAAAUCAACUAUUUCUAAAUAAUUCUGAAAUCUCAAUCAUAGCUCCAUUUGAUUUCGGAAGUGCGAUGUUAUAUGCAGGCACGGAAAAUUUGAAGCCAUAUGAUAUGGAUUAUUAUUAUACAAUGGGAACUCUUCCACUAUCAUUUUUUGAUAUUUAUAAUGUUAACAAACUUUACAGCUGUACAUGUAAGCCUUGCCCUUUUCAUAUUAUUUUUGAAACAAUUUCUCAAGUUUUUUCAGGUGCUGAAGAAUUGAAAUGUGAGAACUUUGGUUAUACAAACCCAAGUUCCUGUGAUAAAUGCAUUUGUCCUGAUGGAUUUUUCGGAAAAUUAUGUAACGAACUGAAAAAGGAGCCAAUUCAACCAACGCAUUCUUGGCAAACACUUUCGAAAACAGUUGAAAAUGAAACACUUUAUGAAUAUAUUGCACUGCCUCAUCAAAACGCAACACUCGAAAUAUUCGUUGCAGAAUUUGAUGAAAAUCCAUUGGGAGGUUGUCAUGGAGGGAGUGUGGAGAUUAAAUAUUUACCGGAUCCACGAUUCACGAGUCCAAAGUAUGUUUUAUAGAAAGAAAUAUAUGUGGAAAGGGGGAGAAUAUUUUUCAGAGUUUGUUCACAUGAUGGAGGAAGAUAUUUGAAAGUUCGCGCAUCUUCAAAUAAUCCAACUGUGAUUGUUUAUCAUGAAGGAAACAAACCAUUAAAUUAUGAAAUUAAGUAUCGUUAUGUUUGA